ACUGUUUCAUGCCUUACACGCCUUGGAUCCAAAGCAACAAAAUAUUCUUGUUUUUAUAAAAUGAAAAAACUAAGUUUUCACGUCUCACCAAACGAGGUCUCAACAAACAAGAAGACAUAAAGCGAACGCUUGCUGCUGCAAAUCUCUUCUCGUCUCUUUCCGGGCAUCAGAACGCCGUAAUCCGACUGCUUUUUUUCCUCCUGAAUAUCGUCAUCUGAAUUCAAUUUUUUGAUCACUGAUAUCCACUACAUGGGUGAUUCUUACUGGAAAUACGCUGCCGCUGAAGGUAGGCAGCAGCAGCCACCACUUCAUCCACUCAUCGGGAAGCGCCCUCGCUCCGAUUACGAUGUUCCUGGUGGGCGUGAGUUGCCUAAAUAUUUUGAUCCUGAGGGGGAGAGAGGACCCGGACCUCAACUAGUGGUUAAAGAUUCUGAUUCAAUCGGUGCAUCUUACGAUCGUUAUCUGCGUGGCACGCAAUUACCUCCAUACAGUGGCAUUGAGUCUGGUAGACCCAUGGGGAUGGGAGUUGGUGGUGGUUUUCAUGAAGAUCCUCGGAUGAUGGGUAUGGGCAUGGGCAUGGGUAUGGGUAUGGGUAUGGGCAUGGGUAUGGGGCCUCCCGCACCAGCAAAAGGUCGGGAUGCAGCAGGGCUGUUAGGAGGUGGGAGGCAUGAAAUUCCUUUGCCUCCUGAUGCCAGCAAUACGUUGUUUGUAGAGGGUUUGCCUUCAAAUUGUUCACGAAGAGAAGUGGCUCAUAUAUUCCGCCCUUUUGUGGGGUACAAAGAAGCCCGUCUGGUGACAAAGGAAUCCAGACAUUCGAGUGGUGAUCCGUUGGUACUCUGUUUUGUUGAUUUCAAAAGUCCAGCUGAGGCAGCCACUGCUAAAGAUGCCUUGCAAGGUUAUAAGUUUGACGAACAUGACCGAGAGUCGGCGGAGGUGGCGGUGGCGGAGGGAAGCCAGGUGGUGGAGCGAACCGUGGAAGACGUUGAAUAUGCACAGACAGACAGCUUAACGUUAUGUAACAGGAUCCAUCUAUCUUUCCAUGCGUCCAUGUAGCAGUCGGUUCGGUUCGGUUCAUUUACAUACGUCUCUCCUUUUGAGUUUCCGGUUUCGUUUCCUUAGGGCCAAAUGAAAAUCGGGUUGCGACUUUCGACUUUCGACACAUGUUUGUUAUGUGGUAUUAAAUUUCGUUUCAUGCCAGAGAGAAAUGUUUGAUCAUAUAUUAUUUAUUUUAUGUUGUCAUUUUCAUCUAUAAGUUAUGCGACUAAUUAUCCCUUGGGAACUCCUUGUCUAGAGUUUGACUUGUGUGUUUUGUUGGUUUUCUCAUAAUAUUAUCUGUAUGCUUCCAAAAUAAAUAUGUGACCAUAAUCCUAUUUCUAUCUGGAUCGAUCGUGCUAUUCAUUUUUUCUUUGGAAAUAAACUGUUUUUUUAAUGGACUACAUGAAAUCCCACUAUCCAAGUACAAUAAAUCGAUUCAAACGGGACGGUUUUUUAUCAUGCCGGUUCAACCUAGUUUUUGAAGAAGAAACUAUCCGGUUCGAUCCAGUCUAGAAAUUACAUAAAACCGGUCCUUUUGAACCGGUUUUUAAAACAUUGGUUAUAGGUAGUUGUAUCCAUCUCCCGACAUCACACUUGCAGUCCUAAAUCAGUUUAGGUUUUGGCUUGCUUCCUGUGAUUAAGCUCACCUAUACAAGUCAAGUGUGCUGUGGAUUCAGAGGCUAAUUUGUGCUUAUGCAAAACUAAAAUUUCCCAUUCAGUCGCUGUGAAAAUCUUAUGAAGAAGGUAGGUAGAGGUAGAGGUGAAACCAUAAAUAAUGAAGAUGAAGUGAUUACAUACCUGGAUUCAGGUGUGAGGGAGGAAUAUAUAAACACAAAUGCAAAGAAACAUGGAAGUGUGAUAUUGGUUCGGCUCAUGGCUCAUCUCCCAUUACAAAACCAGGACACAGGACAGGACAGGAGCCACACCAGUAUCAUGCCUCUUUGUUUCUUUGUUUUUCAAUUCAAGCUUCUUUCGCGGAGGGUUUUUGUAUGAUUUAGAGCCCCCCCUUAUAUACUACUACUACUUGAUAUGCCCAGUUAAAUUAUUAAGAUUAUAAUAAUAAUACCUUUGAAUUAAACCUCGUGGGAAAACGUAUAAGCUUCUUCCAAUUGGGCAUAAAUAUUGCAUUUGGAUAUUGGAUUUUUUUGUUUGGGAGGAGGAUGAGAUCCUUAACAAAUAAGAAACAUAUGGCAAGUCGUUGAAGCAUUUGUCAUCUUGUGUGGAAAAAGUCUUGCUUUUCCAUGUUUAAAUUCCUAGUAUAUUUCCAGAUAUCCUAUCAAGAGCCACUCCCAGAUUCCUUCAUUCAUCACUUUUGUUCGUGUGUGUGUGUAAUAUAAUAUAUUAUGUUUUAUUCUAAUACUGCAUGCACCACGUUAUACCUAAUAUAGAAGAAGAAGAUGCUUUUUUUUUUUUUUAUCAAGACAAUAGAGGAUCAAAAGUCCCCAUUUGUUUGUUUCU